GUUUGGCUCGUGCCCGACAGAGAGAGAGGGCGUCUCACUGGGAUCAGUCUAUUUGCUGGACGUGGUUCAGUAACGUGUCGUGUCUUCACACACACAUUACUGUGACAUUCCGUUAUCAGUCCGACGGAGCGCGGUGUGGAUGAAUCCAGGAGGACCGUGAAGAGCAGCUGUGGAUGUCUGCUGACUGCUGUGGACCAGAGAAUGCCGUCUCUGUCGGAGCAGCUGCAGGAGGUGAGGAGUCGGGCUGAAGUAUGUCUGUACUCUGGAGGCAGAGUGGUGGAGGUGCGGGCUGGUGUAAUGGCUAUAGCUAAUUUGCCCUUACCACCCUGCUCCAAAUACCACCACAUCGCUGCAGAGACCAUGGUCAUAGAAAACAGCUUUGGCAGCAACAGGAAGGAGACCCUUGCAUCUCUCCAGCGUUUGUCUACAGCAUUGAACAUCCUGGAAAAAUACGGCUGUAACUUGACAAACCCCAACAGACCAAAAUACUGGAGGACUGUGAAACACAACAACCCUGUUUUCAGAGCCACCGUCGAUGCCAUUCAGGGAGGACGAGCAGUGCUCUGUCUCUAUGGGUACUCCAAUCAGCAGCCAGAUGGACUCAGCUUUCCUGAUGAUGUCAUGGAUCCUGAUGUGGGCCGAGUGGCUGCAGUAACACUGGAAGUGAUGAGCCUGAGGAUGGAACUAGAAAUGCUUAUCAAGGAGGCUCAUCCACACCCUGAGUUCUAUGAGAGAAUCAUCCCUGCACUGAGACACAAGGAUGUGGGUCUCAACACUGAUGCUGUGGUCUACCACUCCUCCUCCACUUCAUAUUGCUCAGACGGUCAAACCAAAUCUCUUGCCUUCCCCCACCACCAUCACUCCUCGAGGGAGAGCAGCCAUGGUCACUCCUUGUCCUCCAACCACCAAAGUCUCAGGUCCAUUCAAGUCUUCUCCACCUCCUCAAACAAACACCCAGAGAACUGCACUAUCUGUGAAAUAUUCCGGAUCUCUGCCCACUGCCUCACCUGCCUCCAGGGGCUCUGCUCAGAAUGUGACAGGCUGUACCACUCCUACCCUGAGAGAGCCAACCACCGUCGAACGGCUGUCAGAUUGUCAUCAUCUUCGUCGUCAUCAUCAUCCCAAAACAGGACCAGUCACAGUUCUUCCACUUGGCGUUGCCUUCACUGCACUAAAGUCAACUCUGUCCAGGAUGUGCUGUGCGAGGAGUGUGAGUGCCCUCGCAUGGAAACAAUCGGCUCAAAAGCACAUGAAUCUCAGCCUGCCACCAGCACCGAGUGGCAGUGUAAGAGCUGUACCAUGGUGAAUGCAGCCAACAGUAUUCUGUGUGAGGUGUGUGAAAGACCUCGUUUGGCCACUCGACCUCCAGUGACCCCAUCACACCCACCCAUCAACCCCCCCAGACCACCUGCACCUGUACUGGGCAUGCCGGGUGACCCUGACAGCCAGUGGGUGUGUCAGUUCUGUACCUAUCUGAACUACUCUCCUGCCACAGUGUGUGAGAUGUGUGACCUGGCUCGUCCAGAGCCAGCACCCCUGCCUGUGAAGCUACGCCCUCCCUCUCCUGUCAGACGGGUGCCCGCGUUGCCAAUCAAACCCAAAGAGCCCGCCUCUGAACACCUGGACUCCUGGAGGCAGAGGUUGAUGAAGGAGGAGGGACUGAAGCUAAUUCAGCUGAUUAGAGAUGGGGAAAAGAAAGGAGUGAGUCCAGAGGAGGUGUACACAAGCAUGCGGGUCUCCAGGGACAGCAGCAUCACGCCCUGCAAGUGGUUAAAGUCGGAGCUUCCUCUGCUGUUAGACCAGAUCAGGAUGUCUGUGGCAACAUCCUCACUUCAGACCACAGGGCACACAACCAGGUCAUGUGAAGUGCCUGCUGAGGAUGUUGGGAAAGUGGUAGACCCUGCAGAAACAGAAAGUGUGGUGCAGCUGUCCCGAACAGAGGCCAAGCAGGCCUGGCUGACAGCAGGGGGUGACACUGAGAGAGCUGCUCGACAAGCCCUGAGAGACAGAGUUGCCAAGGUAAAGGAGCUGUGUGCAUUGGGCUUCAGUGAUGAGGCUUGCUGUCAUGAGGUUUUUAGGCAGAGUGGUGGUGAGGUAAGAGGGGCCUUGGCCCUGCUGCAGCGACCCCUUCUUGAAGCCUUCCACAAGCGCAUUUGGAGUGACAAGCCUGAACCUCCUGUAGACGUCCAUCACCCUGACAAACAGCAUAUAUGUCGGAGGUUACUAGCAGUGUACGAUCUUCCUAGCUGGGGCCGCUGUGAGCUGGCAUUGUCUCUCCUUCUGGAGCACAACGCCCCCUACUCACUGGAAGAUGUAGUGCAGGCUGUACGAGAGUCCCACGACAGGGAGUUUAUCAAGAGAGUGCUGGCUAAAGAGUGUCCUAUCUGCCUUUCCGUCUUCCCCCACAGCAAGAUGCAGUCUUUGACUUCGUGCCAGUGUUCGGUGUGUUGUGGUUGUUUCCAGCAACACUUCACCAUCGCAGUGAGGGACAAACACAUCAGAGACAUGGUGUGUCCAGUCUGCUGGGAGCCUGACAUCAAUGACCCCGAACACCUCAACAGCUACUUCUCCACCCUGGACAUCCAGCUGCGGGAGUGUCUGGAGUCAGAAGUCUACGAGCUAUUCCAUAAGAAGCUGACAGAGCAGGCUCUAAUCAAGGAUCCCAAGUUCCUCUGGUGCUGUCAUUGUUCGUACGGGUUUAUCUAUGAUGGAGACCAGCUGAAAGUCACCUGUUUUCAGUGUCGCAACAGUUUCUGUGCUCAGUGUAAAAAGCCUUGGGAGUCUCAGCAUGCAGGUCUGUCCUGUGAACAGUACCAGUCAUGGAAGAGAGAGAAUGAUCCAGAGUAUCAGAGACAGGGCCUGGCUGGGUACCUCAGAGACAACGGCAUCACCUGUCCUAACUGUCGCUUUCAGUAUGCGCUGUCAAAAGGAGGCUGCAUGCACUUCUGCUGCUCACAGUGUCGCUAUCAGUUCUGCAGUGGCUGCAAUAACCCUUUCCACACCACCUGUGCUGUGGACGAGUGCAGUGUGUCUGGAUUACAUGCCCAUCACCCCAGGGACUGCCUCUUCUAUCUGAGAGACUGGGAACCUUCCAGACUGCAGGCUUUACUGCAGAAUAACGGAAUGGCCUUCAACACUGAACCUCCUCCUGGAACACAGGCAGGUCUGUGUGGAGUGAUCGAGCAGAAGGACGAGGGAGGGCAGCAGCCAGACUCAGCCUGUGGUGCUCAGACCCAACCUGGACAUGCUGGACUCUGCGAGAAGCAUUACCGGGAGUACCUGGUCAGCCUGAUCAACAGCCACUCCAUUGACCCCGCCCCGCUCUACAGCUCCAACGAGCUUUUGUUGGCCUGUAGGAGGUACAAGGUUGACGACAGCCGCAGGGACGAAGAGGACGCCUUCACCUACUACAGCAGGCUGCUGGAGAAACUGAUGGACGAAGUACCGCUUGGUGACAAGGUGCCACGCAAGAAAUAAUGAAUGCCUCACUUCCUGUUUCCUGCACUUUCAACUUCAAACUGUUAAUUUCUGUUCCUGUGAUGAGAGUGUCAUCUCUGAGGCUCUGUCUGGGUGCUUCAAUUCUAAAUGAGAUACCUACUGACAGGAGCUUUGACUAAACAUUCAGUGGGAACAGAAACAAUUUCAACGAGCCCACCCCCAGCAUCUCCAAGUGGUACAAUUUCUUACACUCACUGUCACAGAGUGAAUCAGAGUUUAGCUGUGUGAAGAAAUGAUUAGCAGCACGUUGAAAUAAGAGAGAAGCAUGUUCACUUUGACACUGUGAGAAUUUUAUACUGAAUGUAAAAACAGAAAAAUCUAUUGUAAUGAUGUGCAUUGCAUAACCGUAACGUUGUAGCUGUCACAAACAUGUAACUCCUGCAGUGUUUGGUGUCAGGGUGGAGAUAAGAGUAACACUUGUUCAUUCAUUGAGUCUUCUUUCUUAUUCUUGUAAAUAAAACAUUUUCAUUUUCCCAGGAAAUAUCCGGUGGCAGACAGAAUUGCAUGGUGAAAGCAAGGCUUAUGGAAAACCAAUCCAAACAAGGAUGGUGUCAUUAUUCUAUGCAAUCAGCACUCAGUUCAUAAUCAUAAAAAAAGGUUGUCUGUUUCCACUUACAAAAGAUCCAUUAAUAAAGAAAUAUUCAUUCAUUAAAUACAUCAGGCUUUGCUGCUUACCUUGAUCUCUGAUGUCAGGAUCAUGGAGAGCAAAGUGAUGAUAAAAUGUCUAUUAUUAUUUUUAUAACUCAUCACUUUAUUGUGAACUCAGCACUUUUGUCCCUGUGAGGAUCCUGUAGAUGGACGGUUUUGUCAUUAUUUUAUUUAUUGUAUGUAAAAUGAAAUAUUGUGCAUGUUUAAACUGGACAUGUGAGUAUUGUGUCAGAAUCAGUUUACUCUGAUAGAAGCCGUAUUAACAGAUGAUUUGUCUUGCAUUCAUUGUUUCCAUAGAGGCAUCACAGUUGAUAAAUGAAAUGAGUUCAUUUGAACUGAAGUGUGAUUAAUAUGCAGCAGUAUGCCUGACUUGAUGAAUGUGAAUGUUGAACAGGUUUGUAGCUUGUUGAAGUGAAUUGUUUCAUCACUGUUGUAUUUUUGAGGAUCUAGUUUGCCUGACAGACGGGCUGUGUUCUGUACCAUGUCUAAAUAAAUGUUAAUUAUAGACUGGU